AGCACCUCCCAGCCGGCCAGCGCCCAGUGCUCUCACUGCCCCAGGCCCGAGCCCUCGCCAUGUCUCGCCAGUCCAGCGUGUCGUUCCGGAGUGGGGGCAGCCGCUCCUUCAGCGCCGCCUCUGCCAUCACCCCGUCCGUCUCCCGCACCAGCUUCAGCUCGGUGUCCCGCUGCGGGGGUGGCGGCGGCGGCGGUGGUGGCCGGGUCAGCCUUGGGGGUGCUUACGGAGCUGGCGGCUAUGGCAGCCGGAGUCUCUACAACUUGGGGGGCUCCAAGAGGAUAUCCUUCAGCUCCAGCGGGGGCAGCUUCAGGAACCGACUGGGUGCCGGAGCUGGAGGCGGCUUUGGAGCGGGAGCCGGCAGCGGGUUCGGUUUUGGCGGUGGAGCUGGUGCUGGCUUUGGGUUCGGUGGUGGAGCUGGCUUUGGUGGUGGCUAUGGGGGCGCUGGCUUCCCAGUGUGCCCCCCUGGAGGCAUCCAAGAGGUCACCAUCAACCAGAACCUCCUCACUCCCCUGAACCUGCAAAUCGACCCCACCAUCCAGAGGGUGAGGACCGAGGAGCGUGAGCAGAUCAAGACCCUCAACAACAAGUUCGCCUCCUUCAUCGACAAGGUGCGCUUCCUGGAGCAGCAGAACAAGGUCCUGGACACCAAGUGGACCCUGCUGCAGGAGCAGGGCACCAAGACCAUCAGGCAGAACCUGGACCCUCUGUUUGAGCAGUACAUCAACAACCUCCGCAGGCAGCUGGAUGGGGUCCUUGGGGAGAGAGGCCGCCUGGAUUCGGAGCUGAGGAACAUGCAGGACCUUGUGGAGGACUUCAAGAACAAGUAUGAAGAUGAAAUCAAUAAGCGAACCACUGCAGAAAAUGAGUUUGUGAUGCUCAAGAAGGAUGUGGACGCUGCCUACAUGAACAAGGUGGAGUUAGAGGCCAAGGUCGAUGCACUUAUGGAUGAGAUCAACUUCAUGAAGAUGUUCUUUGAUGCGGAGCUGUCUCAGAUGCAGACACAUGUCUCAGACACGUCCGUAGUGCUGUCCAUGGACAACAACCGCAGCCUGGACCUGGACAGCAUCAUCGCUGAGGUCAAGGCGCAGUAUGAGGAUAUUGCCAACCGCAGCAGGACGGAAGCUGAGACCUGGUACCAGACCAAGUAUGAGGAGCUGCAGCAGACAGCUGGCCGGCAUGGGGACGACCUCCGCAACACCAAGCAUGAGAUCUCGGAGAUGAACCGCAUGAUCCAGAGACUGAGGUCCGAGAUCGACAACGUCAAGAAGCAGUGCGCUAACCUCCAGAAUGCCAUCGCCGACGCCGAGCAGCGUGGGGAGCUGGCCCUCAAGGACGCCAGGAACAAGCUGGCUGAGCUGGAGGAGGCCCUGCAGAAGGCCAAGCAGGACAUGGCCCGGCUGCUGAGGGAGUACCAGGAGCUCAUGAACACCAAGCUGUCCCUGGAUGUGGAGAUCGCCACCUACCGCAAGCUGCUGGAGGGCGAGGAGUGCAGACUGAGCGGAGAAGGAGUUGGACCAGUCAAUAUCUCUGUCGUCACGAACAGUGUCUCCUCGGGCUACGGCGGCGGCAGUGGCUUUGGAGGUGGCAGCGGCUUUGGCGGUGGCCUUGGUGGAGGCCUUGGUGGAGGCCUUGGCAGUGGUCUUGGCGGAGGUGGUGGCGGGAGCUACUACUCCAGCAGCAGUGGGGGCAUCGGUCUGGGUGGUGGGCUUGGUGUGGGGGGCUCUGGCUUCAGUGCAAGCAGUGGCCGAGGGAUGGGCAUGGGCUUUGGCAGUGGUGGGGGCAGCAGCUCCAGCGUCAAAUUUGUCUCCACCACCUCUUCUUCCCGGAGGAGCUUCAAGAGCUAAGAAGAGCCUGCUGCAAGCCCCUGCCCUCCAUAGCAGCCCCCUGGCCUCUGGGGACUGUCUCACCUAGGCACUAACCCAUGCCAAGCUUCCUCUUUUCUGGAGAGUAGUCUAGACCAGCCCCACUGCAGAACCACACAUCCUUUGGGUCCUGGGAGCACCUGAAUCCUAAUCUCUGACCUACAUUCUGCUGCAAAUCAGUCUUUAGGUCCCUACGGGGUGGUCUUUGAUGACAUAAGCAUCCAAAAUUUUCCAGAAUGUAAGCCAUCAGAACAGCAUGCCCACCCUAGCCCCCACCCCAAUUUUGUCCUGGUUUGGACGAUCUCCAGACUGUGUUCAAUAAAAAUGCUUUUAUAAUAUAAAA